AUGAAUGCAGAUAUAGAAAAAGAACGAUUGAGACCUAUUCGACGUCAUGGGUGUAGUGACAUACAACUUUAUUAGGCAGUAAGUUGGAUAUAUACAGUUUUCGAUAUGAUUAUAUCUUUUAUGAUUGCAUUUUUAAUGGAUGAAGGAGUCAAGGUUGUUAAUGCUAAUUUAAGAAUUUAGGAAUUUAUGUUGAUUGUCCUUACUAUUCUAACAAUGGGUAUCAUCUAUACUUGCUUAAGAGCUACACUUAUAGAUCCUACUGAUAGUAUUGUCUUAAAGGAAUAAAACUUUAAAUUGAAAGGGUGCAUCAUCAUAUUUAUUUUUAGAUUGGAAUUUAAGACAGACCUUAAGACUUAUUGUUUAGUAUGUUAAGCACAUGUAAUGGAAAAGUCUAAGCAUUGUUUUAGUUGUAAUAAGUAACAUAUUAAAUAAUAAGGUGUGUUGAAGUAUUUGAUCAUCAUUGUAUUUGGUUAAAUAAUUGCAUAGGCAUUAAGAACUACAACUAUUUUUUUAUAUUGGUGAUCCUACUUGUCAUUUUCAAAUGCUUAAGAAUUAUACAAGAUAUUCUUCUUUUACUGAAUUAUGCCUUUUAAAUUCUUGCUCUUAUAAGUAUUAUUCUUGAUCCUCCAAUCCUUUUUGUUCUUUCUUAUUUAUUGGGAAUGCACCUAUUCUUUAAGUAAGCCAUCAAAUCUAAAUGAAGGUACAAAGGUAUUUCGACCUAUGAUUGGAUUAAGAUGAAAAAAGACAAAGAGAAAUUGAAGGUAUAGUAAUAGCAAUAAUUACCAAAAAUGAAUGAAAGUGCAGGUUAUGGAUAAUUGUUAUCUACUUCUAAACGUUUUGAUCUCAAAUCCUCUUUGUCUAAUAAAACAGAUAACAAAGUUCCUUAAUAAAACUUCUUCCCAAAACCUUUACCUCUAUAGGUUUCUAAGAAUUAGAAUCUUUCAGGUCCUUAAGUUACUUAAUUAUAAAGUAUUUUUACUAAUAAGCCUACAUCCCCAAAUAAUAAUGAAUAAUUAAGAAAGGAAUAUGAAGAAGUAGAUGGAAGAUAAAUAUUUAAUAAGGUAAUUGCUGAGGAUAGUGAACCAUAAUAGAAUAGUGAUUCAAGGAAUGAAGAAAAUGAUCAUGAAAUUGAUAAUGAAAUUGAAAUAGAAAUUUAAAAUAAAAAUGAACAAUCUGAAAAAGAAUAAAAUUGA